AUGUCUGGUAGUUCUCUAAUAGUCGAUGAUUCAUCAACUCCAAGACCGGCAACAGGCAAUAAGCAUCGGAAGGCAUGUGCUAAUUGCAUAAAGAGAAAGGUCAAAUGUUCGAGUGAACGACCUUCAUGUAAGAAUUGCUUAAGUUCGGGACGAAAAUGUUUUUAUACACCGUAUGAGAAAAAAAUAAGUGUUCUUUUAUCGAAAUACCAGGGUAUGGAGGCGACGAUAUCUAAGCUCAAAAGCCAACUUGAUGGAAUGGCACAGCUGAAGACUUUGAGAGAAGAUUUGCGUUCUUCCAAAUUCAGCCCCAACACACCCAUCAGCUCCGACCGUACAGAAAUAACGUCAGGAUCGAUCUUAGUGUCCGGCUCGUCUGAUGGAAUAGUCAGAAAAUUGGAGGAGAUGCAGAAUCAUCAUCCUAUCGACUCAAAGGUGGGGAAUAACAUGACUCCUUUGCAGAGUUCCAGCGAAAUGAAGGAUCAAAUAGAUAGAUGUGGCAGUAUAGUUCACAAUCUACUGAAGUCAUUGUCCUUGGAAGAAGCAUUUCAGCUUAUAGAUCAGUGCCAUUUCUUUCUGAACGAUAUUUAUUUUCCCUACGAUGUGAACUUGAUGAAAUUGAAGUUGAGAAGGGCUUAUCGCCCUGUUUCAAACUUUGCUCCUUUCUUACAACAAGAGGAUUCUUAUUUCAAACCUUUAGUACUUUUGACUUUUGCGUUGGGAAAGAGGUAUUUUGGAGAAUCAAAUGAUAUUAUUCAAUCAUUGCUGUCCUACUCUUUACUGUUGGUGACACCGGUUACUAAAUUGAAGCAGAAAAAGGAUUCCUAUCUUUUGGUUUCCGUGUACACCAUGGCCAGCUUUUAUUUCAGAUCCAUCAAUCUGGAAGAGGAUUCAAUUAUGUAUUCUAACUUAUCAUUGCAGUAUGCUGCACACCUCAAAUUGCAUGAAUUCGAGAAGUUGGAACUUUUCGAAGGGGAAUUGAAGUCGAGAAUUAUGUGGGUUUGCUUUGGUUCAAACCGAACCUUAUCAGCUAAAAUGGGCAAUCCAUUCAUACUAUCGUCGCAGCAGAUUUCCAGGCCACUUCCUCAUUUGAUCUCAUACGACGAAGACGGUACUAUGAUUUCUGAUAUAAAUUUAGGCCAUGACAUGUGCCCUAACGAGAGUGAGUUUAGAGCUUACAUAGAUUUGACUUGCAUUGCAGAAGAGAUUUGCAAGGUGAUAUACUCAAAUAGUUCCUCUGCCACUUUGACAUCAAAUCUUGGUAACAUUAUUCAGCGGCUCAUAUCGUGGAAUUCCACUCUCCCUGAUAAUUACCGGUUUGAUAGGACGUUUAAUGGCAGGGAAAAGAAGCAUAAGCGGCUGAUCUGUUCUCUGCAUUUGAAUUAUUGCUUUUGCAUUCAUCUUACUACCAUCCCUAUCUUGUACAGUCUGGUCGAGAAGAAAAAGUACCAUGAAAAGGCUCUGAAUAUCAAUGAAAACCUGACAGAACUAAUUACAAUCUGUGUUAAUGCUGCUGAGAUGACCGUGAAUGUUCUUUUGAGCUGCCAUAAAGAAGGAGCGCUUGCAAUAUUUGGGGUGAUGGACUUGGACUAUAUUUACAGUUCUUCGUUGUCAUUUUUCAUGUGUGGCGAUGUUCUUGGCUUACAGUAUGUUCAAAACAGGAGACUACUAGAUUCAUGCCUCUUCCUAUUGAAGGAGAUGGCAAAAUCUGGCAACGAAUGUGCGCAAGCCAAGUAUGACAGAUUGCAAGAUCUAAUCGAAACAUACCGAAAGCAGAAUCCAAAAGCAACGGUAAAAAUUGAGCCAGGACCAGGUGGAGAUCAAAUACUAUCUGGGACGGCACACAUUCAGCCAUUGGGACUACAGGAUGAAUAUGAGACUCUAGUGCCCGAAUCCUCAUGGUUUAUGGAUCCUAGAAUUGUUGAGACUUUUCAAGGAUUAACAGAUGAUGAUCUCGAUAUUUGGGAGAAUGGUUAUCGUAACCUUCAGCAACUUGAUUCUUAUUGGGAUAAUUUCCAGAGAAGCCUUUUUAACGGUGAUGUAAUGUGA